AUGGCGGAAAAUCUACCAAAACUUCAAGCAUCGCGAGCGGGCUAUCGGGCCCAUUUGACACAAACAAUCAAGAAAGCUACAAAUAUUGCAACGAAGGAGGAUCCCCUAACGGACAGUGAUAUUACAUCUUUAAAGAGAAUCGUUGAUCAAUUAGCUCGGAAAAGGUCGAUUCUAGAAGAACCAGAUGAGAAAAUCGUAGGCAUGAUCGAAGACCCAAAGGAACUGGAGAGAGAAAUAUUCCAAACCGAGGACAUCAAAGAAGAAAUUGACGAGACAGCAGCUCAGAUAAGUAACAUUAUUGAACAUUUUCAAUCUACAAAAUUGUCUCAAAGUAACUCCCCCUCUGAAGUAACUCAAGUAAUCUUAGAAAAUACAAGCAGUCAAUCCCCAUCAACAACAGUGAACACAAAUGAUCAAACAGACUCAGGGACCCCUAAUGAAAUUGUUCAACAAGAUAAUUCCCCCCCUGUAAACACACAAUCACAACAAGAUAGUCAACCCUCUACAAAUGCACAAUCACAGCAAGAUAGUCAACCCUCUACAAAUGCACAGUCACAACAAGAUGGUCACCCCGCUACAAACACACAAUUUCACCAAGAGACCCCAGUUAUACCAGUAUUUCCACCAACCCUACCAACAACUACACCCCACCACCCCAGCCUUAUCAAUCAAAAUAGUCGUCUACCAAAAUUAAACCUUCCAACAUUUUCUGGGAACCCGCUACAAUGGUUUACAUUCUGGGACUCAUUUGAAGCUGCAGUCCACUCCAAUUCAACCCUCGGGGAUGUACAAAAGUUUAGUUACCUUAAGGCCCAACUGGUGGGUGAUGCAUCAAGAGCUAUUGCAGGGUUUCCCCUCACAAACCAUAACUAUACCAAAGCUAUUCAACUCCUAAAGGAACGAUUUGGUAACCCCACCAAAGUAAUUAAUGCACACAUGCAGUGUCUACUUGAUCUGCAAAACCCCAACUAUGAACUAGCAAGUUUACAACUAUUCUAUGACACUAUGGAAAACCACAUUAGGGGGUUAGAAUCGCUCGGCAAAGCCCACAGUAACUAUGGAGACCUCCUAGUCCCAAUUGUUCUGGGAAAAUUACCACGUCAACUCAGAACAAACUUAGCCCGUGACCAUGACAGUCCCGAAUGGAAAUUUACACAACUGAGAGAGUCCAUUCGUAAAGAAAUAAGAAUUCUAGAAGCCG